AUGACUGCUAUCGUUCCAUUUCUUAUCGGUGUAGCUGGUGGUCCUUGUUCUGGUAAAUCAACUGUAUGUCAAAAAAUAGUUGAUGAUCUUCAAACAACUGCUGGAGCUGAUCAAGCAAAUCGAGUGACAGUUAUACCAAUGGAGAAUUUUUAUAAACCUCAAACAGCUGAACAACGUGAAAAAGCUCUACGUGGAAAUUAUAAUCUUGAUCAUCCGGAUGCAUUCGAUGAAAAACUUUUAUUGAAAACUUUAGAACAAUUACUUCAUGGUCAAACUGUUAAAAUUGCUCGUUAUGAUCCAGGAAGAUAUGAAUAUGUAGAAGGAGUUAUGGAUACAAUUGAACCGGUACCAGUUAUUAUAAUAGAAGGAAUUUUAGUUUUCUAUUUUCCAGAAAUACGAAAUUUAUUUAAAAUGAAAUUAUUUGUUGAUACUGAUGCUGAUACUCGUUUAGCACGUCGUGUAUUACGUGAUAUGAAAGAACAUGGAAGAAAUUUAGAACACGUUCUAGCUGGUUAUACAAAUCAUGUUAAACCAUCGUUUGAAGAUUUUUGUUUACCAACAAAAAAAUAUGCUGAUGUUAUUAUACCACGUGGUGCUGAUAAUUAUGUUGCUGUUGAUCUUAUUGUUCAACAUAUAAGAGAUUUUCUUAAAAAUAAACCAGGAAAAAUUGAAAGUCAACAAUCAACGGAUCAUACUACACGAUUAAGACCACAUUAA